AAACUAACAAAAUUUUCCACGGGAGGUCAUGUGGUCGCCUUGUCAUUCCUUCCCAAUUUGAUGAAUAAGCUAAACAUUAGCAUUAUCCAUUAAUCUAUGAUUUCUUUGUUGAGACGAAAUCAUUGAGUUUCUAUCACAAAGUACCCCUAUAGCAUUGAACAUUUUGGUUGAAACUAGGCUUAUGGACCACAAUAAUUAUUGUUAUUUCUUUUUAAUGGUUAUUCCACUUUCAAAUAUAAACAAAAUGAAUUAAGGUUCCCCAAAGAAUCCAACAGGAGGCAACCAUUAGUUCACAUCAUGCCCAUUGUUAAAUGGAUCUGGUACUUGUAUCAAAAUUCUGAAGAAGAAGCACUCUUCAUAAGGCUGUCCCAAAAAAAAAGCAAAAUGAAGAUAACAAUACUACCCACAAAAGCUUCAAUCACUUACAGCUAGCUGCUUCAGCACCAUCAAUCUGUCUAGCUAGAAUAUUAAUGUUCUCUUGCCACCUUAAAAUACAGCCUCUUACCUAACUUCAUACUCACUUCCCAUCUCACCUCACUCAAUAAAAACCCAAUUCCCUUGCACCACAACCUGUAGAACUCUUCUUUCUUCUCGCUUCAAAGCAGUAAUUCACCCAUACUGCAUAUAUACUAAGAGUGUCCACAAAAAAUGUCGAAGCAGCUUCUCUUUCUCUCAUCAUUACUACUUCUACUGAUCUUCCUCUGCUGCCCCAUAGUUUUUGCUCAGUCUCCGGCACAAGCUCCAGUAGCUCAGUCUCCACUGCCAGCAGCACAACCUCCAGUUGCUCAGUCUCCACUGCCAGCAGCAAAAGCUCCAGUUGCUCCAUCUAUUGUGCCACCUCCAGCACCAUCAGGUCCACCCAACAUCACUGCAAUCCUUGAGAAGGCCCGUCACUUCACUACAUUGAUUAGGCUGCUAAAGAGCACCAGGUUGGAUAACGAAAUUUACAUAAAGCUCAAUGACUCAAGUCAAAGCCUAACCAUGUUUGCCCCAACUGAUAAUGCCUUUGGUAGCCUCAAAAAAGGUAUUCUCAACUCAUAUAGUGAUCAGCAAAAGUUUCAGCUGAUAAAAUUCCAUCUUAUCCCUUCUUUCCUUUCAAUCCCUGCAUUCCAAACUGUGAGUAAUCCAAUGAACACAGAGGCUGGUAGUAAUGAUCAGUACCCGAUAAAUAUAACCACUGUGGGAAAUCAGGUGAACAUAUCAACUGGGAUCGUUAACACAACAAUAUCCGGCACAAUUUAUUCUGAUAACCAGCUAGCGGUAUAUCAGGUGGACCAGGUGCUCCUUCCAUUAUAUUUUUUUGUAACUCCAUCUCCAUCACCAGCUCCUACACCAUCAAAGCCUGAGAAAAAGGCUCCAUCUCCUUCAGGUUCAGAGUCAGUACCCACUACUGAUAAUGCUGCCAUUACAGCUUCUGGUGCAAUACCUGUGAUUCACCAUGCACUCAAUGCAAUGUUCUAUGCAGGUGUUCUUAUUGCAGCGUUUUCUUUAUGUAUUUGAGUUGAGAGCUGGUUGAUCUUAAUUGUGUUCUGUGUACCAGUGCUGCUUUGUUUUCACUUAAAUCAUAUACUUUCUUUUGCGUAUACUCCCUCUCUUUCUCUCUCUAUGCAAAGCCAUAGGCAGACUAAGAACAAUUGGGUAAUCUAAGCUAUUCUGAUGGGCAUUCUUCUGUUCAUGUUGCACAAAACUCCAAUAACCCUUUCCAUGAUUGCUGGCUGAAAAAAUAAAAUGAUUCCAGAACUCCUAUGGAAAUUUAAAGGGGAAAUGCUACUAAGUCAAGAUGAAACUAAGGACAGCCUUUCGAACACAACUGAGAUGAAAUAUUUCAAAUUAUUGCAUCAGAACUCAUAUAAUUAUUUUUCAAUUGUGCAUGAUUCUGUUAGUUAGCAUAGUUUACUUACCAACAAAUAUCACAGGGUUUUCAUGUGUAUUUUGAUAUUGACCAGUAGACUCAGAGAAAGGAAGGGCAAUGAACACAAACAGUAGUGUUCAGGGGACUGGCUUCAUCCUCACAUUUUAAAUUUCAGCUACAUACUAUGAAAAUACAUUUGCCAACACAAGCGCUUGUAUAUUUGCAAAAAUUAUAAGGACUGGGCCAACUAGGCAGGAGGAUAUCUUAUUGUACAAGUUGUUUGCUGAAUAAUCUUCUUAAGACAAUUCAGAGGAGACAAACACCAAGUCUUGAGAAAUCAUCAAAAUAUCUGAAGACACUCUGUUGAGAAAGAAUAAGUAAAAUAUCUAGAUGGGAAUCCUCUAAAUACCAUAUUCAAUAAUAAAAUGGAAUCCUCCAGUAAACCCUCUGAAGUGAAUCGCCUCUUUUUGUCCAUUGCCAAAGGGAUUAAAUCGCCCCUCCCCAAGUAAAAAAAAAAUUAAAAAAAUUGCUGGUCACAUUCACAGGAUGCAAGCCGAAAAGAACGCCAGCAAGAACCAAAACAUAGUAAAGACAAGAAGAAAAACUAAUUUUACUGCACCAAAUCUCAUAUGCAGCAUGUAUUUCUCUCAGAAUUUGACCUC